CGUUUGAUGCUUCAAGUUCAAACGCGGUGGUUCCGAUCAGGCUCUACUCUCAUACUUCUUCUAACAAUCAACUUUCCAGCGGAGAACAGCCAUGGACGCCACAUUGAUAUUGCCAAACGUUCCUCCUCCAGGUUCCAAGAGCUUUUCACGAAUCAAUGAAAGAUCUAACAAUCUAUAUCACGGAAGUCGUCACCGAUUCAGUAGCAGAAGGAAGCGAAUCUCUGCGAUCGUUGAAGCCUCCGCCAUUACUUCCGAUCCAAUAACUCCACAGAUCACCUGGCAAAUCGUAGUCGGCUCCAUCGCUGGAGUUACACCUUUCGUGGUCGCUGGGAUCGAAUUUAGCAAGCGAAUUGUGGCUCAAAAACAAUGCGUGCAGUGUGGAGGUUCAGGGCUUGUUUUGAUGGAAAAGGAGUACAUACGAUGCCCCAAUUGCGGUGGAUUUCUGCCAUGGCAAUCCUGGAAAAGAUUCUUUUCUGGUUAAAGAAAAUUCGACCAUAUCUUUGAGUCUAGAUUUCAAGUUCAAACACACUAUAUGGUGUUAAUAUGAUACAAUAUGCACAUCAAAAUUACAUUGUUGUUAUCUGUUGUAUCAAUAAAAAUGUAUCUAAUUAGAUUUUUUUUUG